UUACAUUACUUUUCAUCUUCAAGAAGUGAAAAUUAUUGUGUUAAUAAUAUCAUAAUUAACAUUUCAUUUUAUGAAACAUUUAAAUCUUAUUGUAUUAAGCAGAAUGAUGUGACAAAUAUGGAUUUUCAUAGCUGUAAUUGCAAAAAUAUUACUAUUACAGAAGGAAUAUUUGGAGAAAUAUGGAAUGAAAACAAAGAGGAUCAAGUAUUUAUUGAUUCUGUACCAAAACCAGUAAAAUCUUAUACCAUGGCAAAUUCCAAUCGCAUGGAAGUUAUUCUUAUCACUUGGGGUGCUACAAUUGUAUCUUUAAAAUGUCCAGACAAAUAUGGGUACUCUUCUGAUAUUGUUCUCGGUUUUGAUGAUCUACAAGCAUAUAUAAAUCCAAUAACAAAUCCAUUUAUUGGUUGUAUAUUAGGCAGAUGUGCAAAUCGUAUUAAAGAUGGACAGAUUACUAUUAGAGGCAAAGAUUAUGAAUUAACAAAAAACGAUUUUAAUAAGAAACAUCAUUUGCAUGGAGGAACAAAUGGAUUUGGCCGUAAAGUAUGGGAUUCAUACAUUGCUGGAUGCUCAGUUGUUAUGAGUUACUUAAGUCCAGAUGGGGAAGAAGGCUAUCCAGGUGCAGUGUUAACUACAAUAAGAUUUAAAUUAACUUCAGACAAUAAAUUAAAUAUUUGUAUGAGAGCAACAACUUCUAAACCAACAAUAGUGAACUUAUCACAUGGUUCUAUGUUCAAUUUAGCUGGACAUGAUGCUGGAGAAACAGAACUAAAAAAUCAUAAAGUAUUAUUAAACUGUGAUCGUUGGACAUUUGCAGACUAUACCGACCCAGUUCCUACAGGUGCUAUACGUGGUGUAGCUGGAACAGUUAUGGACUUUCGAAUACCGAGAGUUUUAGGAGAUUAUAUGGAAAAAGUACCUCCUGGUGAAGGCUAUGACCACAAUCUUUGUGUUACAAAAAAUGAACAAUCUGGCAGUUUAUUUGUUGCUAAAGUUUGGCAUGUAAAAAGUGGACGUGUCUUAGAAGUAUAUUCAGAUCAACGUGGAUUACAGUUUUAUACUGGAGGACACUUACCACCUCAAAUUAUUUCAGAAUAUUCGGAGAACUAUGAUUUGUUAGAAGAUAGCAAUGAAAAUGAAUAUGUUGAAAGUUAUAAAAGUGAUGAAGAUGAUGAAGAAGAAUCAAAAAGACAAUAUAAAAAAAUAAUAGCAAUACCAAAAAAGUUGGAAUUUCUUUUAGGAAAACGAGGAAGUCAAUAUAAAAAGUUCUGUGCUUUUAGCAUUCAACCACAAAAUUACCCUAAUGCGAUACAUCAUUCACAUUUUCCAUGUUCUAUACUGUACCCUGGUCAAAUUUAUUGUCAUGACUUAACAUACAAAUUUGAAGUAUGUCUUAGAAAUUAUAUGUAACAUGUCUUCAAUUUUGUAUGCAUGCUUAUCUGUUAAAUUGUUAUCGAU